AUGCUAAAUAAUAAAGAGGCUCUCAAAAAUGCACCUAAAAAGUUAGUUUCUACUUUCAGAAAAAUUAAAUAAUCAGAUGACUUGUAAAAUAUUGAUGGAAACUAUAAUACUCGCACUUUUGUUAUAAAUAUGACUGAAUAAAAGAUAAGCUAUUCUUCAAUAUUUACUAAGAAAAAAACAUUCAAAUUUGAUGUAAAAAUAAAUUAUUACUUUUAAAAUUCUAAUAUUAUGUUACAAAAAAAGCAAAUUGAUUACGCUGUUCCAAAUAUUAGUGUCCAAACUAAAAAGCCAUUAGGAGAUUGGGUUCAUACAUUGUUAAUAAAAUUUAAAGAAAAUUAGAAAAUAAAGAAAAAAAAUAUACUUUUAGUCACAAAUGAGAAGGAUACUAUUGAUCUAUGGACCUACUUGCUCUAUUUAGAAAAUAAAAUAAAACUUCUAACACCUUACUAAAAAAAUAGAACUAUGUCUGGUGUCAUAGUCUAAAUGCAAAAACUACCAAAUCUAUAAGUCAUAAUGGAAAUGGAUAGAGAUGUUGAAGACAGUCAUUUCACCAAGAUUAAAAACGGGUUCAGAUACACAUUAAACAGUCUUCCCAGCGUAUGUGAGCACUAAGAAAUGACACCAAGUAUGCAAUUACAAAAGCAAAAUAAGUUAUCUGAAAUCAGUGAGCGAUCACAAAAUGAAGAGCGCUACUGUACUGGCACAAUAUUUUCAUAACCAUCAUCACAAAAGUAAAGUUCUAAUGAUCCAAUAUUUAAUCAAAAAAUCAAUGUAAAUCAGAAAGACGAAAACUAAUAAAAAAAGAGCAUGAAAUAGCUUGGAUCUUCACUUUUUAAAAAAUCUCUAACCGAAACAAAAAAAUUUCACCAUAGAGUUAAUAGCAUAGAAUACGAUGAUGAUUUCCACAGAGUACCAGAAGAAGGUGAUAUAAAAUUUAUAAUUAAUUAAAAGGAUAAAUCUUUGAUAAAAAAGAUAAAUACCUUAUCUGAAAGUAUGCAUUUUGAAAAUUAUAACAGCUUUAAUAAAUAUUCCCUAUCUCAUAGUCUGACCUUUAACAACUGA